AUGCGCCAGCGCGCGGUGGGGGCCCUCACAGAACUGAAGCGACGAUGGGGGCCAGUUGGUACGCGGUUGCGUGCCCGGCAGCCACAGGCACUGCAGCGAGCCACCCAGCAGCGGGACCUCGGCUUGACGGCACUGCUCAUCAUCCUGGCCAGUUGGGGAGACGUGACCUACGCGCACGGGCUGGUCAAGGGCCUUCCGGCGGUUGGCUUCGCACCGCCCUACGGGGUUUUCCCUGUCCAGGGAGCUACGCCGAUCGGCCUCGAGGAGGUCCUGGGCGAUUGGCAGAAGCACAAUGCCGAGACAAUUCGGAGGCUAAAGCCGGGGCGCUUGGAUCAGGUGUUGCUCGAACAAACGCUGGCAGACGCGGCCCAGGGCUUCUGUUCCGAGCCGUUGUCCCAAGCCGGUGUUCAAAGGCUCUUGAAAGGACAACCGUUCAGAGUGAUACCCCGCUGCGUCAUUACGCAAGGGUCAGGAAAGCAUCGUAUUAUUGAUAACGCGGCUGAGGGCGGUCAGUCGGCGACUUCAGCGGACUCCAACAAGCUUGUACUCUGUUCCCCGCUCCGGCCGGCCCAGCAUUUGCGAGCCACCCUCAGCUACAUGUCCGAGGCGGACCUUGCGGUGGCCCGAGCCGAGGAAUCCCGAGCCUGUGUGGUCUGCUUCUGGCACGACGAGUGGCAGCAGCCUGCGUUCCAGGUGUAUGCCGGCCUGCUGUUCGGACUCCCCUUGGCGGUGACCUCUUUCAACCGCUACUCUCGUCUGGUCGAGGCCCUUGGGCGCCGCCUCGUGCUGACCAUGGUUUCCCUCUACUUCGACGACGCCACAGUGGGAGACUGGGCUUCAUCGAAGGGUUCGGGUCAGUGGGCGUUUGGGCAGCUCAACGCGCUGUUGGGUACCCCUUUUGCCGAAUCCAAGAGGCAACCCAUGUCGCAUCGUGGGGAUUUCCUGGGCCUCGCGCACGACAUGUCCCGUGCUCUCUCUGACGGUCAAGCCGCCAAGUUCUACGGCAUCCUGAACUUCUUCGAGCAGGGGGUGUAUGGCAAAGUCGGGGCAGGGAGCCUCUGGGCCAUUAAAGAGCGACAGUACGAGGCGACCACGCAGCUUACGCCCGAUAUCCGGGACAACUUCAGGUACAUUCGCGUCAUCAUUCGAGCUAG